CUCUCGACCCCUUUUGAUUUUGACUUUUAAAAUAUAUUAUAUAUAUAUAUAUAUAUAAUAUAAUAUAAUAUUAAUGAAUAAUUCUUCGCAACCACCAGUUCCUUCUUCAAGGCCACAAACAAUUGCAUCACCACCACCACCACCACCACAACCACAACCACAGUCACAGCCAACACCUUCAUCAAACUACACUUACUCAGCAUUACCUCCACAAGAGCUUCCUCCAGUCACAACUCAUGAAUACCCUGGAGGACCUUUGGGCCGUGCAGGUCUCGAAACUAAACCACGUUUGAUCCUCUUGACAUCCGUCGGCACUCUUUGGGGAUUUGCGAUCGGUUCCUUUUUGGGAGGUCAGCAGGCAGGUUUGCAGUACCUGGCCGAGAAUGCCCAUCGUCUGCCCACUACUGUUCAGGGCUGGUACUUUUACCACAAAACAAAGAAUUAUCGUAUGGCACUAGGCGGAAUCAAACGAGGUGCAAAGUUUGCUGGACGAACAGGUGGCCUGUGCUUGAUGUAUGGCGCGAUUGAAGCAGGUCUUGAUGACAUUAGAGGAGAAGCAGACGUAGCCAACUCGGUUAUUGCGGGUGUUACUGCAGGAACUAUAUUCUCGGCUAUAACCAGACUUACUCGUGGCAGCUUCAGAUACUCUGUUUUGUUUGGUGCAGCAUUUGGUCUGGCCACUGGUGGAUUAUCUGAUUUGCAUCGAUAUGCCAUCGGGCAUCCUCCAUCGUAUAUUCAAUGGUUAAAACAAAAGGUGUCAAAGGAAAAUAAAUAAGGUCAUCGAAUAAUGAUGCGCACGCACGUACAUACUGUAGAAAACGCAUUAAUAAAAAGUGAAUUAUGGUAAAUAGUUCAUGUAGAAACCAAAAGUCGACAAGUGUGUGAGAGCAAAGAAAAGAUAGCGAGAUAGAGAAAGCAAAAACAAAAACAAAAACUUUCAUAUAAUAUAAUAAACUAGUUAAAAAUUC